AUGGUAAAGGUCUAUCUUAGACAGUUCAAAUUUCUGCUUGAGCGACGCUGCGUCCAGACCUGCCACACCUGCGUCCACACUUGCCACACCUGCGUCCAGACCUGCCACACCUGCGUCCACAUUUGCCACACCUACAUCCAGACUUGCCACACCUACGUCCAGAUCUCCCACACCUGCGUCCAAACCUCCCACACCUACGUCCAGAUCUUCCACACCUGCGUCCAAACCUCCCACACCUGCGUCAAACCUCCACACCUGCGUCCAAACCUCCCCACCAGCCCACGUCCAGAUCUUCCACACCUGCGUCCAAACCUCCCACACUGCGUCCAAACCUCCACACCUGCGUCCAAACCUCCCAAACCUACGUCCAGAUCUUCCACACCUGCGUCCAGACUUACCACACCUGCGUCCAAACCUCCCAAACCUACGUCCAGAUCUUCCACACCUGCGUCCAAACCUCCCACACCUGCGUCCAAACCUCCCACACCUGCGUAA